ACAUCUUGGCAUCCACAAACCCAACACAGUUCAGUGUAUCAACACAUCCCCCAAUUCAAACCAAAAAAUUCAAUCAUGAAAUUCAUCAUUGUCUUCGUUGCUUUGUUCGCCUUGGCUUUGGCCGCCGAUCCCAAAGAUGCCGAAACUUUGCGUUACGACUCGAAUGUUGAACCUGAACAAUAUCAAUUCGCCGUCGAGACCAGCGAUGGAAAAACUUUCGAAGAACAAGGACACGUAGAGGAUUUGGGUACCGAUGAUGAGGCUAUCUCAGUUAAGGGUUCCUACUCCUAUGUCGGUGAUGAUGGCCAGACCUACACCGUCAACUAUGUUGCCGACAGAAACGGUUUCCAACCCCAAGGUGCCCAUUUGCCCGUUGCCUAAGUGGAAUUUUGAAGUUCCUGAAAUGUGUUAUCUAGUUGUUGCUAGUUUUCUAAGUAAAAUAAAUUUAAUUUAAAAAAAAGAAA